AUGUUCGUCUGCGUAAAGUUGGUGUCUUUCCUUUGCCCGUUAUUUUUGCUUGGAGUCUAUGUUCGUUCUUAUAGUCCUUACAGCAACACGGGGUACUACAAUUCGCUGUUCCGUCCGCUGAGCGCGGAUUUCAAAACAAAAGUAGAAACUCUUGGAGCUAUGCUGAAGAGACACGUACAGCGUCUCAGAGCGACCGAAAACAAACAGAUCGAGUUGGUUUUUCUGGUGGACAGUUCUUCAAGCGUUGGCUCUGAGCAUUUCUUCGACGAGUUGAGGUUUGUGAGAAAGCUCCUGGCCGACUUCACCGUCGACGUGAACACCACCAGGGUGUCUGUCAUCACGUUCUCGUCCAGGGGAAAGGUUAUCCGUUACAUAGACCACAUCAGCCACCCGAGCAAGGACAAACACAAGUGUGGCUUGCUGCACGAAGAAUUACCCAAGAUCCGUUACAUAGGAGGCGGGACAUACACGUUGGGAGCCUUUUUGGAGGCAAAGGAAGUUUUGAAAUCAGCCAGACCCGAGGCCACCAAGGCAAUCUUUCUUAUAACUGAUGGCUUUUCCAAUGGUGGAGACCCAAGACCAGAAGCACGGAGUCUGAGACAGACUGGGGUCACCAUCUUCACGUUCGGCAUUCGAAAUGGCAACUUCAGGGAGCUGUAUGACAUGGCGUCACACCCCAAGAAUGAAACCUGCUACAUCUUGGAAAGUUUUGAAGAAUUUGAGGCUCUGGCGAGACGUGCUCUGCACGAAGACUUACAUUCUGGGAUAUACAUGAUGCAAAGACAUGAUCGGUGUAGCAGUUUGUGUGAAGAUGGCAACUGUUGUCAUCCCAGGGCCACGUGCGCAUGUGGCACACACACAGGGAAGUACGAGUGUCUUUGUGGUCCAGGUUAUUUUGGAGAUGGUUUCGGACAAAAGGGUUGUAAAUCAUGUCCGGCAGGCACUUACAAAGAUUUCACAGGUCCAGGCAACAUCGAGGUGUGCACACCCUGUCCUGAUGCAAACCAGGUGAGCAAACCUGGAACGACAUCUCCUAGCUCAUGCACAUGCAAGAAAGGAUACGGUCCACAGAACUCGUCCGACUGUUCAGUUUUCACAUGUCCUGUGCUGGAGGCUCCUAAAAAUGGCUACUUCGUGAAUAACAAGUGCAACAAUGUGUUCAAUGCUGCAUGUGGCCUGCGGUGCCGACCGGGCUACGAGCUGCAUGGUAGCAGCGUGCGCAUCUGUCAGGAGGAUGGCUCAUGGUCUGGUCUGGAGAGUGACUGCAUCAUGAAGACAUGUCCACCCUUGCCUUCCCCAAAGAAUGGCCACAUGAUCUGUAACCACGAUGACUUUGCCUACUCAACGGUGUGUCGUUUUACAUGUAACACCGGAUACAAGCUUGUUGGGUCCAGGAAGAGGACAUGUUUGGCUAUUGCCUUCUGGACGGGCAUUACUACCAGGUGUAGAGAGAUCACUUGUCAGCCAUUGGGCAAGUUACAAGAUGGAAGCAUACACCCAGUGGUUUGUACAGUGGGUGAAGUUCCCUUUGGAACUACAUGUCAGAUGAGUUGUCACCCGGGAUACAACCUGUAUGGAGCUCACACUAAACAGUGCACACCGGACGGAAACUGGGCGCCGGCCGAUGGCAAAUCCAACCAGUGUAUUGAUGAAUCACCACCAUUCUUACAAUGCCCCAAGGAUAUCUUGAUAACUGUUGACGAGGAGGAGAGUGAGAAAGAAGUGAUGUGGCAGGUUCCUGUGUCCGUUGACAACUCGGCUUUCUUGCCCACACUAACAGCCAUUCCGGAAAUCUCGCCCCCAGCCAAGUUUCCCAUUGGCAGGACCUCUGUGAUCUACAUAUCAGAAGAUUUCAGCAAGAAUAAAGCCAAAUGCAAAUUUUAUGUUCGUGUUGUGGAUAAAACACCACCAAGAGUUGAUCGCUGUGUGUCCCCAGCACCAGUUGUCUCCCCUAAAGAGUAUGCCACAGUUGGGUGGGAGAAGCCUUUGUUUUCUGACAAUUCUGAUGACGAACUGCAAAUAAAAGCAUCUCACCAGCCUGGCUUGUUUCCAAAAGGAACGACGCAAGUGACGUACACAGCUUAUGACACGAGUGGCAACAACAACACGUGUACUCUAGAAGUCCGUAUCAUACCUCAUCCCUGUGAAAUUCCCCCGCCCCCAGUCAAUGGUAACAGGACGUGUUUUGACAGGGAUGAUGCUGUGGUGUGUACGCUGUCAUGCAAGCCAGACUAUGACUUUGCCAUUCCACCUGCUGAAGAAUACACCUGUCUUUCUGGCAAUGUUUGGAAACCUGUGGAGAAAAUGCCAUUCCCAGAUUGUUCAGUCCGUAACAUUUCCAACCACUUGGUUCAGCCUGCCACACUGACGUUCACUGGCAAGUUGUCAUGUCGUGAAAGCAAGCUCCUGAAAAAAAUUGACAAAACAUUUGAGACAAAAGUUUCUGACCGGGUUUCUGAUCUGUGUGAAGAAAAUGUCAUAUGUGGAGUGGAACAGAUUGAAUCAACAUGUGAAGAAAAUAAUGAUUUCAACAGGGUUCCUCUGGUGCUAGAGAGGAGACGCAGAAAACGAAGUACACGCAGACAGAGUCAGCCUAAGAGUUCAAAGACAACAUGGAAAACUACUCACCUGAAGUACAAUUUCAACCUGCAAGCCAUGGUGUCACAAACCGGAGAUAUAAAGGAGGACAACAGAAGACAACAACUAAUGAUACACAACGUCAAAGCAAUUCUCCGCACACUUCAGAACGAGACUAAAAUGGGAACGUUCAACUUAAACCUUGGGGGUUUAAUUGUUGAAUUUGCAAACGUGACUUUCGAUCCAAAUGAUCCAAUAUUUGUGUGCGAAGAAGGAAGUGUGUUAAAAGAUAGUACAUGUGUGCAAUGUCCGUUUGGUACCCAUUUCAAUGUGAUAAGCAAACUCUGCCAGAGUUGUCUGCUCGGAACCUACCAGCCAACAUUGGGUGCUCUUGCAUGUAUGUGGUGUCCUGUGAAUCGGUCGACUGAAAACAUUAACACAAAGCAGAUCAACAAAUGCAAAGCUCAGUGUCUGCCUGGUAGCUUCUCUGACAAUGGCCUGGAACAGUGUGAGACAUGUGAGAUAGGAUUCUACCAAGAGGAGUAUGCACAGACUCGGUGUCUGCCCUGCCCCAGAAACACAACAACGAGGAAGCGAGGCAGUAGGAGAAAGGAACAGUGCAAAGAAAGAUGUCCUCCAGGCUAUGUCUCAAAGACUGGGUUACGCCCGUGCAUGGCAUGUCCAGUAGGAACGUACCAGUCUGAGGAGGCCAAGUCGGCAUGUUUCCAAUGUCCUGAUGGAGCCGAGACAACACAUGCAGCAUCUACCACUCUGUCUGACUGUCAAGGUGACUGGGAUCUUCAGAGUGAUUGGACAGGCAUAAAGCAGAAUCUGCAGCAGAGUCUACAGCAGGUGGCAGUGAACUUUUGUUUUGAGAAUCCAUGUCUGAAUGGUGGAACAUGUGUACCCAAGAGGUUUGCCUUCACCUGUACAUGUUUACCAGGAUUUGGAGGCUUUAAGUGUCAAGAUUUAGUUGACGAGUGCAAAACCAAGCCGUGUCUGAACAAUGGAAUCUGCACCAGUACCACAGAUGGAUAUCAGUGUUCAUGUACAGCUGGUUUCCAAGGAAAGAAGUGUGAAGUUGAUCUUGAUGAGUGCUCCUCUAACCCUUGUCAGAAUAAUGCCGUCUGUAUUGAUGGAUCGAACUCUUUCAUCUGUCGCUGUCCAGACGGCUUUCAGGGUGCAGCCUGUGAUGAAAACAUGGACGACUGUGCACAGAAGCCGUGUCGCCAUGGCGGCACGUGCGUUGACGAGGUGAAUGGAUUCACGUGUCAGUGUGAUGAGGGUUUCACAGGGGAGACAUGUGAGGUCGAGAUAGACGAGUGUCUCGAGAACCCCUGCAACAACAAUGGCACAUGUGUAGACCUAGAGGACAGAUUCAGGUGUCAGUGUGUUACUGGAUUCACUGGUUCUCUCUGUGAUUCAGAGAUAGAUGAAUGCCAGUCGAAUCCUUGUCUGAAUGGUGCAAAGUGUGAAGAUAAACUUGGUGUGUUCAUGUGCCACUGCCUACCGGAAUUCAGGGGAGAUAAUUGUGAAAAACCUAUUGAUAUGAAUUACCAGCUGGACUUUCCUGCCUCUGGUACGACUGAUUUAGCUGAACUGACGAUAGAUCGACCACUGAGCUCGUUGACUGUGUCGUUCUGGAUGAAGACGGAUGAUACACUGAACUAUGGAACACCGUUCUCUUAUGCUGUAAAUAACUAUGACAAUGCUUUCACUCUCACGGAUUAUAAUGGAUUUGUAUUGUAUGUAAAUCAGCAAAGAACGAUGACCGACAUAGAAGCUAAUGAUGGCAACUGGCAUCAUGUUGUAGUCACGUGGUCCAGCAAUCGCGGCUCGUGGAAGAUCUAUAUUGAUGGGCUUCUCAGUGACAGUGGAUUUGAUCUGUCCACUGAAGACGUUAUACAAGCGAAUGGAGUAUUUAUUAUUGGACAGGAGCAAGAUGCUAUGGGAGGUCAGUUUUCUGCAUCCGAGUCAUUUGUGGGCAGCCUCACUCACCUGAACAUCUGGGACCAGGAGCUGUCUCUGACUCAGAUAGACUCUCUACGCACCAGCUGUAAGGACUUUCACGGAAAUGUCAUUGCCUGGCCCCAGGUUCUGUCUGGUCUGAAAGGAAACAUCAAGGAAUCGACAUCCACUUUCUGUAAAGACUGCCCAACUCCAACAAAGCCAUCAUUUGGGAAUGUGACCUUCAAGGACAGCAAGGUGGGAUCAUCUGUGUCGUACAGCUGUCUGAGAGGAUUCAAUGUGGCGGGCAGAAGACAGUUACAGUGUCUGGCAUCCGGCGAAUAUGAAGACGACCCACCUUCGUGUCUAAAGGUAGAAUGUGGCUUUCCUGGCAGUAUUCCCAACGGAUAUGUUGAAGGCAGACGGUACAGCUUUGAUAAUAGAGUGAACUUUGAGUGCUACAAGGGUUACAAGUUAGUGGGAUCAAGAUCAUUGUAUUGCAAUGAAUAUGGAGAAUGGGAGGGAGUUAAACCUAGAUGUGUUGAAAUAACGUGUGUUCUUCCUCUGCUGUCAGAAAAUACUCGAAUCAAAAAUCCACAAAGCACAUACAGUCCUGGUGUCAUGGUUGUCUUCAAGUGCACACCAGGAAAUCGUCUGCUAACAAAGCACAAUGCUGUGAUGUGUCAGGCAGAUGGAAGCUGGGACAAGAGCGUUCCCAGCUGUGAUCUCACAUCGUGCAAGGCUCCACCAUCAAUAAAGGAUGGAGGCCCAGUAACAGAGCUUGACGAAUACCCUGUCUCAUCCAUAGUCAUCUACGAGUGUGAUUUCGGAUACACUUUUUCAAAUACAGAUUCCAAUGCAAAAGGAGAAAUACACUGUCUUCCUUCAGGGGAGUGGAAUUUACCUCUUCCUAAAUGUGAAAUUGUGAUAUGUCCUGACCCAGAAAUCAUUCCCAAUGGAAGGAUAGAAGGUGGAGACAGAACAUUUCUAUCGUCGGUGACAUAUUUAUGUGAUGAAGGCUAUGUGUUAGAAGGUGAUGAUAUACGUGAAUGCUAUGAAACUGGUAGCUGGAGUGGUGACUCUCCUGAAUGUUUAGCAGUUGAAUGUCCACAACCUGCUGAGAUAGACAAUGGAGAGUAUAAUGGAAAUGUCUUCACUUAUAAUGGUGCCAUUGUAUAUGAAUGUAACACAGGUUAUAAACUGAUAGGAGAAUCUCGACGUCAGUGUCUGGAAAAUUCCACUUGGAGUGGUCAUGACCCUGUAUGUAAACCUGUUGUGUGUGGAAAUCCAUCUUCCAUUGACAAUGGACGGGUUUCAGCCCCUGCCAUUACAUUCACCAGUGUUGCAUCCUACACGUGCAAUGAAGGUUUCAUCCUGAAAGGUCCCUCAGAAAAAAUCUGUCAGGAGGAUGGAUCAUGGACCUCUGUGGAGCAUUCCUGCCAUCCUGUGGAAUGCAAACCACCCAGUGAUGUUGCUAAUGGGUCAUACCAGAGUUCCGCCGGUUACAGUUACGGAAAUCUUGUCACUUACACCUGCAAUGUGGGCUACACCCUUGAAGGGCAGUCAGACCUGACUUGUCAGAGUGAUGGUACCUGGUCUUUUGAUGCACCACUGUGUACCAUUAUAAGGUGCCACACUCCUGAACAUAUACGAAAUGGAGUUGCCAAUGUCUUUGGUGUGGAGUAUACUGGUAAAGUGGAGUAUUCGUGUAAUGAGGGAUACGAGCUAGAGGGACAUGAAGUGAGAACUUGUCAGGCAGACAGAAUGUGGACUGAUGAAGAACCGGAAUGUGUGCCAAUCAGAUGUGAAGCACCACAGACUGUUGCAAAUGGUAAUGUCGACUACAAAGAUCUAACACUUGGAUCUAUUGUCAGAUACCUGUGUGAUGCUGGCUUUGACCUGAAUGGAAAUGAAAUCAGGAGAUGUCUUCAGAAUCGUUCGUGGAGCGAUGAUGCACCUACUUGCUCCCCACUCACUUGCCCAAACCUUGAUUCACUAGACCAUGGCAGGAUCAAUACCACAGAAAACAUAUACAAGACUGUCGCCAUGUACAUUUGUGAUGAAGGAUAUAUCGUUCAUGGUGAACACCUGACAACAUGCUCAGAGACAGGCUCGUGGUCACACUCUGCUCCUGAAUGCAAACUUGUUGAAUGUGACAAGCCAACUGACAUCAUCUCAAAUGGAAGGAUGAACGGAACCAUGUUUACGUUCAGGUCUACAAUAAAUUACAUCUGUGAUGAUGGAUACAGACUCGAGGGCUCGGAGACUCGAUUCUGCCAAGCAAACGGUGAUUGGGAUAUGCCAAUACCUGUGUGCCAGGCUGUAGAGUGUCCAAGACUGUACUUACUGCAUGGUUUAACAUCGACUUUCAAGAGAGAGUAUAACACAGUUGUUACAUUAACAUGUAAGACGGGUUAUUACAUGCAAGGAUCAUCACAAAGGACUUGUUUAGCUAAUGGUCAAUGGAGUGGAACUGCACCCAUCUGCAAGAAGAUUGUCUGUCCAGCGCCUCCGUACUUAGAAGGUGGUAUCAUCAAGGUUUCAAAAAAUGGUUUAAAAGCCAAAUAUGUUUGUAAUUAUGGAUUUAAACUUAAUGGCACAAAUGAGAGAACGUGUCAGGUGAAUGGGACUUGGAGUCAUGAAAAUCCUCAGUGUGAAAAAAUUGAGUGUCGAGAUCUGUCAGUUGGGACAUGGUCUAAUGGAGUGAUCACGGUAUCUGGUGUAACAUUCCGAUCACAGGUGACUUACAGAUGUAAUGGUGGUUAUAAGCUAGUAGGUAACAAACAGAGAACUUGUCAAAUUGAUGGAUCCUGGACUGGCACUGAUCCUCAUUGUGAAAUAUUAUCUUGUGGUCCACCAGGAGCAUUUGCUAGUGGAGUCAUCAGUGGGAAUGUGUACACGUUCGGCUCGUGGUUAACUUAUUCCUGUGAUAUUGGGCAUCGUUUAAUCGGAGAUGCCACAAGAAUUUGUCAGGAUGACGGUUUGUGGUUUCCAAAAACACCAAGAUGCCAGCUGAUUGACUGUCCGCGACAGGACAACAUACCAAAUGGCCGAACAAUCCAGCUUUCAAACACAUACCUGGGAACUCUGAAAUAUACCUGUAACGCUGGAUAUGUUUUGCAGGGCAACAUGUCUAGGACCUGUUUGGAAACUGGCGAGUGGUCCGGUGUUGCUCCACAGUGUAUCUUGAGAAGCUGUCCUGCACCAGAUCCCAUUGAAAAUGGACGAAUAACUGGUGACCAUUAUGGACUUGGGAGAACAAUUGAGUACCAGUGUAAUCAAGGUUAUAGGUUGGUAGGUGUGGGACACAGGAUGUGUCUGCCAACAUUGUUUUGGUCUGAGGGAGAUCCUUCUUGUGUUAAAGUUGAAUGCCAGGUACCCAAGGCACCAGUUCAUGGAAGAGUUGUCGGUGACAGCUAUAGAUUUGGCGACAGUGUAACGUACGGUUGUGAAGAAGGAUAUCAACUUGUUGGAGAACAUCAGGCUGCCUGUGAAGCAGGUGGGGAAUGGUCAUCUGUUGCUCCACUCUGCGACCCCAUUUCAUGUGGCACUCCUGAUGAUGUUCCAAAUGCAUCACUAAACAUACAGGGUGGCACAACAUUUGGUUCCACUCUCACCUUCAAUUGUAAUCUGGGAUACACUGCAAUUGGUGAAGCAUCCAUAUCAUGUCAGAAAGAUGGAACCUGGACAGUUACAACCUUCAGAUGUGAGAUUGUAUCUUGCCCAAAGAUUAAUACCUUCAACCAUGGUACUUUCGAAGGAGCUUUCAAUUAUGGUGAUCAGCUUAAUUUUCAUUGCAAUGAAGGAUACACUAUCUUUGGAGCAUCUACAAUUAGUUGUGGACCAGAUGGUGCUUGGGAUAAUCUCUAUCCUAGUUGCAACAUCAUUUCCUGUCCUGCGCUGGAGAUGGUGCAACAUGGCCAUAUCAGUACAACCAACCACACAUUUGGAAGUACAGUGACUUAUAUGUGUGAGGAAGGUUUUCGUCUGUUAGGUGAGUCCUCAAGAACAUGUAAUGCAAAUGGAUUAUGGAGUGGUCAGAAGCCAGUUUGUGAUAUUGUGUCCUGCCCUUUUCCAGCAGUAAGAAUUCCAAAUGGUUAUCUCCUCUUUCCUAUGCUUAAAUAUACGUAUAACGAUGAAGUGGUGUACGAAUGUAGAGUAGGCUACAAUAUGGUUGGAAGUGAACGGUUGCGAUGCUUAUCCAGUGGUGAAUGGAGCAGUGGAGUACCAUCCUGUAUUAAGAUUGUGUGUUCACCACCAGAAUUAAUAUUUCAUGGUGUUGUGGCUGGUGACGAUGAAAUAAUUAGGUAUUCAUGUGACAAAGGUUAUGACCUUGUUGGGAAUUCGAAACGCCGAUGUCUUCCGACUGGCCAUUGGGACACACUUGCUCCUCACUGCAUGCCCAUCCAGUGUCCAGACCCCUUACCACUCAACCACGGAAUUGUGCACGGUGAUGACAUAACUUAUGGACAUGUCAUUAGGUACUCCUGUCUUGAAGGUUAUGAGUUAAGUGGGACGAGUGAGAGGACCUGCCAGGCAGACAGGACCUGGACUGAUUCUGAUCCUGUCUGUAACCGCAUUGAUUGUGGACCACCUCCAGCACUUGCAGAUGGAAGUGCCAUAGGCGAGUCCUUUCUGUACGAGGACAGUGUCACUUUCAUCUGUAACACUGGAUUUGAGUUGGUGGGUCCCGCUUCAAUAAAAUGCCUCUCUGAUAAAUCUUGGUCAGCAUUAACACCAACUUGUAAACAGUUAUUCUGUAAUCCUCCAUUCAGUAUUGCAAAUGGAAGAAUUAACAUUCUAAAUAAUGAUAACCUGGCUGUUGGAACUGAAGGUGUUUAUGAAUGUGAUGUUGGAUACCAGCUUAAGGGUUCACCGUCUAUACUGUGCCUGCGAGACAGAUCUUGGUCAGGAACACCCCCUGAAUGCCACAUUGUAUCUUGUCCAGCACUUACUUUUCUAGAUAAUGGUUACGUGGUUGGCAGUGAAUAUACAUACAGGUCAUUGUUGAGAUUUUCUUGUGCUUAUGGCUUUGAAAUAUUCGGCGAAGAGACCCUGGAGUGUCAGGAAGAUGGAACCUGGAAUUCUGCACCUCCUGUUUGCUUGCCAAGACCGUGUGAAUAUCCACCCUUCUUUGAGAAUGGAGACUUUCGAGUAAUGGACAGACCUGAAAACUCUCAAGAUCAAAGUGAAAUAGAUAGUUUUAGUUUUGGAGACAAAAUUACAUAUUUCUGUCACGAAGGCUAUGUGCCAUCUGGAUCACUACAAAGCAAGUGUGAUGCGUAUGGAAGGUGGUCCAAUCCACCGCCUAGGUGUGUGCCAGUCGUCUGUGGUCGCCCACAGCUUGUUGAAAAUGCAGACAUCAUUGGAGACAGUUAUUCAUUCAGAGAUUCCAUUUAUUACGUGUGCUACCAUGGUUUGGAGCUUGUCGGUAAUAACAUACUUGAAUGUGGUGCAAAUGGAAGCUGGAUUGGGCAGCUGCCGGAGUGUAGACUCUUGGAGUGCAGAGAACCUCCUAUAAUUGAUCAUGCCACAGUAAUAGUUACCACAUCAGAUUUUAGCAAGAUUGCCUCAUAUAACUGUAAUCCUGGUUAUUCAUUAAGUGGAGAAGAAAGAGCAGUGUGUGAGAUGGGCAAGUGGUCAAGUGACACCCCCCCCAAAUGCUUGCCCCUGGACUGCGGUGAUCCACCUCAUGUGGAAAAUGGUAAUAUUGACUUUCACAACACCACCUUUGAAGCUGUUGCCACAGUUUCCUGUGAUGUUGGUUAUGCACUGCUUGGUCCUCAAGAGAUCAGGUGUGAUCAGUUUGGCAGUUGGUCCGGUGGAACACUGAUCUGCCAGAUCAUCAACUGUGGAAUACCACAAAGCUCGAUACCUUUCACAGGCUCAGAUUUUAACUAUGGUGGAGUGGUGCGUUAUAUAUGUCCGACAGGGUUUAGAUUGGUUGGAGAAGACAACACAAAAUGUCUGGAAACAGGACAAUGGAGUAACACUCCACCAGAGUGUCAUCAGAUCUCAUGUGGCCCACCUACAGUACAGACACCGUACUUUGGCUCAGAUUUCAACUACGGCAGCAUUGUUAAAUAUUACUGUGAAGAAGGUUUCAGACUGGUUGGAGCAGAAAUGGCUUCUUGUCAAGAAGAUGGAACAUGGUCUUGGAGCGGUGCACAGUGCGAAAUAGUUUCAUGUGGUUAUCCACCAGCCAACAUAUCCUUCACUGGUGACAGUUUUUACUUUGGCCACACUGUCCAGUACAGCUGCCCACGAGGAUAUGUGCUGAUUGGAGAGGCUGAUAUUGUUUGUGAGAGUGAUGGAAGAUGGAGCAGUGAUGGCAGGCAAGUCUGUGAGAAGAUAAGCUGUGGAGAACCACCACCUACAGCUCCCUUCGUAGGAUCGGAUUUCUCAUAUGGCGCCACAGUCAGGUAUGAAUGUCCAAGAGGAUAUAAUCUUAUUGGAACAGCAGAGAUGACCUGUCUCGAUAGUGGACAGUGGAGUUCUAGUGUCCCCGAGUGUCAGAAGGUUGACUGUGGUCAUCCACCCAACACGGCACCAUUUCAAGGAAGCGAUUUCUCAUAUGGCAAGACUGUUUCAUAUUCAUGUCCUCAGGGUCAUGAACUGAAGGGCAAUGCUGAACUCAUGUGUCAGGAGAAUGGACUGUGGAGUGGACCAGGACCAUCUUGUCAACGUGUGUUCUGUGGGCCUCCUCCCAGCACCACUUCAUUUGUGGGCUCAGAUUUCAGCUAUGGCGGAACGGUGACCUAUUCCUGUCCUGCUGGAUACUCGAUGAUCGGCCAGCCGGUGAUAUUUUGUCAAGCUGAUAAGACAUGGAGCGAUGGCGGACCAGAGUGUCAAUCUGUUUCUUGUGGUCCUGUUGCAAUUCCACACAAUGCUCUGGUGAUUGAAGGUGACCCAGCUUCUCUAACCAGGUACAGAGAUACCAUCACAAUCAUCUGUGAUGAGGGAUUUACUCUGCAAGGUCACAGCACCAUCACAUGUUUGGCAUCUGGAGUCUGGAAUGCAUCUUUUGCUAAGUGUGAAGUCGUUAUAGAUCUACAAAGUUUCUGUGACCUUGCUGUUGAUGCCGACCACUCCAAACCGAUAGCGUCUGGAUUCCGUGUGGGCGACACCACAGUGGUGCAAUGUCUUGCUGGGCAUGAACCGGAAGGAGACAUGACAACUCACUGCCUUGAAGGAGGGUCAUGGUCCAAACCAAGUGGAUCCUGCAGACGUGUGGCUGAUUUCUGCACUCCCACUGUGGACCUGCCCAAUUCAAUGACUAUCCCAGCAGGCUAUCUGCUGGGUGAUGUUCACCAAGUUCAGUGUCAGCCAGGAUAUAACCCACAUGGAGACAUGGCAUCAACAUGUCAAGAUGGGGGGACGUGGACCAUACCAAGAGGAUACUGCCAAAAGGUUUUCUGUGGCAAGCCCAUGGUGAGGGACAUGGUGAACAUCAUGUUGAUAGGACGCUCUUACUACUACGGUGACCGUGUCAUGUAUAUGUGUCGACCAGGCAUGACAGCAAUAAAGGAUCCACCACAACUCGUCUGCAAUGCAAAUGGCCAGUGGGAUGGGGAAGCUGCUUGUGCUGUACAAUGUAAGCGCCCGUGUCUGAAUGGUGGUAUUUGUUUGGGACUAAACAGAUGCAAGUGUCCUUCAGGUUACGGAGGAGAAAUAUGUCAAAUAGGCAUUUGUAUUCUUCCAUGUCUUAAUGGUGGCUUAUGUGAGGGGCCGUACAAAUGCAAAUGCAGACCAGGAUAUGAAGGUCCUAGAUGUGGUAGAGCGAUUUGCUCUAAAACUUGUCAAAAUGGUGGCCGGUGCGUCCGACCAAACUGGUGUCGCUGUUACAGUGGAUUUUUACCUCCAUUCUGUGAAAUAAAACAACUGCGAUGAGACAGCAAGUGUAUAUAAAGACGUUUAAAUUAAAUGAAGUUUUUCUACCAAAGUGCAUAAAGUUUAGAUUAUUAAUACCUGUAGUUAACAGAUUAUAUUCACAGUCUCAUGGGCACCUAUUAAGUAUAUGUAAAGAUGUAUCUGUUCUCAUGCUCUAGUAUCUCCAUUUGUAUCAUUAUAUGUAUUAAAAUUAGUUUAGUUUGGCACCUAUUAUAGCCAUUUAAUAACGUCAGCAUGCAUUAACUACCGGUAGUUACCCAGGCUCUGUGAUGAGAAAAAAACUAAAAAUACAGGCAUAUGUGCAAGAAAUUAUGCAUGAGAGUUCUAAACUGAGGAAAGCAACGCUUUUAGUGGGGUAUGAUUUAAUAUAUUUUAACAAAAAAAUUGCUUUGAGCAGGGUGGGGUUUGAACCCUGAACCUACGAUAUAUUAGUAUACUCUAUUAGAGAGGGCAACAACUUUAAAUUUGAGUUAAAAGUGUAACGUUUGUAUUUUCAAAUACAUACAUAGAAUUUAAAAAAAAAAUAAUUAGAUGUUUUUUACUUGAUGGAGAGAUCAUAGAAAUGUUUGUACCAUACUCAUUUUCAAAUAAGUUUCAAGUAUGCUCUGCUGGGCAUAUAACUCUAAUGAGACAAUGACAAUGAAUUACUUGCAAAUGUCAGCUUUGAAGUUUGUGUAUGGUUCAGAACAAGUAUAUUAUACUCAGAAGAUUACUAGUAUUCAGAGGAACAUAAAAAAUAGUAAUUUACUAUACAUUAUUAUACUAAUUUACAGUUACCUUGGUAUCAACACUUCAGACAGCAUCAAAAUAUUGCUAACAGAAUAUGUAUUGUAAUUGGUGAAAACAUUAAAAAGUGAAAUAUGCAGCAGAAAUGUGUGAAAUUUUUAAAUGCAGUCCUGUAAGGGAUCCAUGACUUUCCUGCUCUGAAUCCAAAGAAUCUUCAACCACCUUUAUGUAACUUCACAAACUAUAUUGAUUUAUAAUUUUGAGAUCCAUUAACGAGCAUUCCUUGGCACCUUAAACCCAGGUAAGUAGGCGUAAAAGUUUAUUUAGAGUCUAUCAUUCCCAAACAAUAUUUUGAUUCAUGACUAUUUUGUACUAUAUUAGUGUUUUUAGUUACAUUACGCUCUUUAGUUGUGCUGAUAAUUUGUGUCCGUAUUUCUCAAACUGAAAAAAAAAGGCAUAAAAAAGUCAGUUACAUUAAUGAUUGUAUUGAUACAGGUAUGAAUUUAAUUUUUAUAAGAGAUGGUAAAAAGAAAUCAGAUGGUAAAACUUAACAAAACAAGUAUGUGUUUUUAAUUUUAACUGCUAUCAGGAAAACAUUUUGUCAACUGUUAUUUGCAUUAAGAUACAACUUUUUAUUACAAUAUACUGAAUAAAAUUUGAAUUUGUUCCUC